GGAGCCAGCGGCCUGUUGCUCAGAAGGGCUGUUCCAGUGUCCGAGCCAUGCCUAGGUACACGGUGCACGUGCGUGGGGAAUGGCUGGCGGUACCCUGCAGGGACGGGAAGCUCUCUGUAGGCUGGCUGGGCCGCGAGGCUGUGAGGCGCUACAUGAAGAACAAACCGGACAAUGGCGGCUUCGCCUCGGUGGAUGAAGUGCGCUUCCUCGUGCGCCGGUGCAAGGGCCUGGGCCUGCUGGACAAUGAGGACCUGCUGGAGGUAGCCUUGGAGGACAAUGAGUUCGUAGAAGUGGUCAUUGAAGGCGAUGUAAUGUCUCCCGACUUCAUUCCCUCGCAGCCGGAAGGAGUUUUCCUAUACAGCAAAUACCGGGAGCCUGAAAAGUACAUUGCCUUGGAUGGGGACAGUCUGAGCACAGAGGAUCUGGUCAACUUGGGGAAGGGACGUUACAAGAUAAAGCUCACUUCAACUGCGGAGAAGAAGGUGCAGCAGUCCAGGGAAGUCAUCGACAGCAUCAUAAAAGAGAAGACAGUUGUGUACGGCAUCACUACAGGUUUUGGGAAGUUUGCCAGAACUGUGAUCCCCGUCCAUAAGCUACAGGAGCUUCAGGUCAACUUAGUUCGUUCCCAUUCUUCAGGUGUUGGGAAGCCACUCAGUCCUGAAAGGUGUCGGAUGCUCUUGGCUUUGAGGAUUAAUGUUUUAGCUAAAGGAUACAGCGGGAUUUCCUUGGAGACCCUGAAACAAGUUAUUGAAGUGUUUAAUGCCUCCUGCCUGUCCUACGUUCCAGAGAAAGGAACGGUGGGUGCCAGUGGAGAUCUUGCGCCUCUCUCUCAUCUUGCUCUGGGACUCAUUGGAGAAGGAAAGAUGUGGUCCCCAAAGAGCGGCUGGGCUGAUGCUAAAUACGUCCUAGAAGCCCACGGGUUGAAACCAGUUGUUCUGAAACCAAAAGAGGGCCUGGCACUCAUUAACGGGACCCAGAUGAUCACUUCCCUGGGCUGCGAGGCCGUGGAGCGAGCCAGCGCCAUUGCCCGGCAGGCUGACAUUGUGGCUGCCUUGACCCUCGAGGUGCUGAAGGGCACCACCAAAGCCUUCGAUACUGACAUUCAUGCAGUCCGCCCUCACCGUGGGCAAAUUGAAGUUGCAUUCCGGUUCCGGUCCCUCUUGGACUCGGAUCACCACCCAUCAGAAAUCGCAGAAAGCCACAGGUUCUGCGACCGUGUCCAAGAUGCAUAUACCUUGCGCUGCUGUCCUCAGGUCCACGGGGUGGUGAAUGAUACCAUAGCAUUUGUGAAGGACAUCAUUACUACAGAACUGAACAGUGCUACAGACAACCCUAUGGUCUUUGCCAGUCGAGGGGAGACGAUUUCGGGAGGAAACUUCCAUGGUGAAUACCCAGCCAAAGCCCUGGACUAUUUGGCCAUUGGCGUCCAUGAACUCGCGGCAAUCAGUGAGAGAAGAAUCGAAAGGCUGUGCAACCCUUCGCUCAGCGAGCUGCCUGCCUUCCUGGUGGCUGAAGGAGGGCUGAACUCUGGAUUCAUGAUAGCCCACUGCACCGCAGCAGCCCUGGUUUCUGAGAACAAGGCUCUGUGCCACCCUUCGUCUGUGGAUUCACUCUCUACCAGUGCUGCCACGGAGGACCACGUCUCCAUGGGAGGAUGGGCAGCCAGGAAGGCCCUCAGGGUCAUCGAGCACGUAGAACAAGUGUUGGCCAUCGAACUCCUAGCUGCCUGCCAGGGCAUAGAGUUUCUACGCCCCCUGAAAACAACCACUCCGCUGGAGAAGGUUUAUGACCUGGUGCGCUCUGUAGUCAGGCCCUGGAUAAAAGAUCGCUUCAUGGCCCCGGACAUCGAAGCAGCCCACAGACUACUUCUGGAGCAAAAGGUGUGGGAAGUUGCCGCACCGUACAUCGAGAAAUACAGAAUGGAACACAUCCCGGAGUCCAGACCACUUUCUCCAACUGCGUUUUCAUUAGAAUCCCUGCGAAAGAAUUCAGUCACCAUUCCCGAGUCCGACGAUCUUUAACGGGCUUCCUCGUGGUGGGGCACAUCGGAUGUGCCUGAGUCCAGCACAGCAGUUGUGUGCUGAAGGGGAGGCCCAGGAACUGCCCAUGAUGUAUAGAACUCAUCUCUUUUCAAGCAUGCUCUGGUUAGGCCCGUGGCAGAAUGCAGCCGCUGGCUCCAGAGCCUUGUUGCCGUGGUGGCUGGCUCCAGAGCCUUGUUGCCAUGGUGGCUGGCUCCAGAGCCUUGUUCUUGUUGCCAUGGUUUAAGGAGUGCUGGCUGUCUUCAGGUGGUGGCGUUUUCUUUCUUGGUUCAUUCUUUUUUUAAGGAUUGCCAUAAUUCCUUAGGUCUGUUUUUACUCUUAGGGAAAUCAUUAUUUCAGAACAUUCUUCUUAAAAACAUUAGAUUUUUGUGAACGUCUAAAAGCUUAUCUAUAGAAACUCUUGACUUUCUCCGAUCGAUUGGACCAUACCAUAACCUGACAAAUAUGCCUCAAUUCAGAAUUUGUUCUUAAGCCUUUCCUCCUUCUGCUAAUUGAAUCAUAGAAAAAAAAAGUCUUUAGUAAGAGGAGCUAGCUCAGGGGGGUGCAUAAUUGAGUUCCAUAACUGAGUUCAUAGUGAGGAUCCAAAUUGAGUUCAGAUCGUGAGCUUCAGUGUAAAAAAAUAAAAAUAAAAAGCCGGGUGCGGUAGUGGGCACCUGAACGCUGGGGGGACAGAGACAGGCAGCUCCUGGGGUCUCACUGCUCAGCCUAUCUUGCAGAAAUAGUGAGUUCCAGGUUCCGUGAGAAACCCUGCCUCAGAGCAACGGUGCAGGAAGUGCUAGACAAAGACAUAUAACAUUUACCUUCUGGGCUCCACAUAUGCACAGGAGCAAGUGCACAUGUAAACAUUCACAUUCACACACACACACACACACACACACACACACGAGGAGGGGAACAGGUUUGAAGCCAUUAACUACAGAGGUUACCAGUUCUUUUCUGGGGGGUUGCUUUUGGUUGUUAUCUGUGCCCUAUGCUUAAAUCACCCCUCAAAGAUGAAAAGGGGGUUGAACAUAAAGAUUGCCCUGGCUGUGCCAUGCCUUCCGUAUUUCUCCAUGCACUACACACAUCUCUGAAACGCUUGGUCAUGUGCUCAAGUUGAAGUUCCAAGUUAGUCCUGUCCCCUCCCAUAACUUAGUACUCCAUUCACCUGUCGGUAAUAACUUUGCUAAGCAUCCGCCUAUUACACCGAUGAAGCAUUUGGGUGUGGGGGUGGGAGCCAACCCACUGCCAGCAAUAGGUAAUCAUUAAAAUUUGAGUUUUUUUGACUCAGGUCAGAUGGGGCCUUCAGAUAUGUUGCCCAAUCUCUGGCUCUCCCUCAAGCAGAUAAAGAAGACUUUGUGUAAUUGUUCAGAAGGGUCACGUGACCUUGUGACGUCCCAAGGCGAAGAUCGAUGACUAUACCCAUCACUGUAAAGGUGUACAAAACCCUGCGUGUGCAAAACCCUGAGUGUACAAGAAUCUGGAAGUGUGGCUAGAAAGACUGUAGUUGGUUAGCAGAAAACACAUGCCAGCAUCCCUCCCUGGUCACAGACUACAGGGGUGCAAGAGGUAACCCCCAGUCUAUUGCCACUCUUCUGAGCAUACCUUGUUCACAAUCACUGCCUUCAGCAAUUCAAGAGGUGAAAACGGGCCCAGGAACAGGCUUAACUGCAGGUGUUGCUUUUUGUUGAAUGUCAACACACACACACACACACACACACACACACACACACACACACAGAGGGAGAGCAAGAGAGAGAGCUUACCCAUUCUUCUACCCAAGCUGCAGCAGAGGCAGCAAACCCCAGCACAGGGCUGUUCCCGCUCCUGGUUCAACAAUGCUGGCUUCCUGUCCACUUCUGUCUUUCUUUGACAGAUGUCAUCCCUAGGUUUUGUAUAGAGCUCUGUUAGUUCCCAGUCUUCAAGAGUAUAUAGGAGAUACGGGGCAAGCUGUGUCAAUGGCUUGCUAUCAUGAUGUUCUUCAACUGGGGAGAAAUUGAGCCUAGGGACGUGUGUGUUCAUCACAUGCACUGGCAGUGAGCUGCACUCCUAUCUCCUACUUUUAUUUGUUUUGAACAAAGUUUAGCACCUAAUAUUUGCUUUUCUGUUGCUGUGAGAGAACACUGGGAACAAAAGCUGCUUUGGCAGAGGAAAGGGUUUCUUCCGGUUUACACUCCCAGGGACGGUUCAUCACCGCAGGCAGUCAGGGCAGCCAUCUGGAGGAACGCCACUUGCUGCCUGUUGACUCUAAUUAUUUUACGUACCCCAGGCCCAGUUGCCUAGGGUUGGGGCCACCCACAGUGGGUUGUGUCUUCCCCACCAAUUACCAAUCAAGAUAAUCCUUCACAAACGUGACCACAGGGAUGUGGGCGGUCCCUCAGCGGAGCCUUCCCAGUUGACUCCGAUGCCCUAUCAAGGUAAGAACUGUAGUUUACGACCACUCACCUUGACCUCUUUAAACAAAGCGAGGGGAGCUAGUCAGGUUUCUGAACGACUCAAUCAGAAAAAGCUAACAGAUCUGAGACAAUGUGCUGAACCCAGGGCCUUGCCUGUGGAGGGGUGGCAAAUGAGUUGGCAUAUCAGGGUUCCCUUCCUCGGGGUGCUUGCCUGGGUUUCUUCACUGAGGGCUGUAGGAGAACAUAAAGUUUGCCAAAACUUCUGUUGUCACCUCUGCUGAUUCCCUAGUAGCCAACACAAGCCGCGUGGCAAACCAGAGCCUGAUAUUAUACGGCAUGGACAUAUGACUUAGAAUACAUUCUCAAACGAUCUACCCAGUUCAUAAAACCUAAUAAAUAUGUGGAAAG